AGGGGGCUCAUGUGAGUGGCACAGAGCCAGCCUGUACCUGCCUCCUUCAAGAUGACAGACUGCAAGAGACAACAGGGACAAAUAGAGAGACAGCGCAGUAAAAGAGCAGGGAGAGUGUGCGCAGAGUAGCAGAUGCAUCCGCCAUUGAAAAAUCAGCAUCUCUUUUACCCUCCCACCAAAAUCCAGCCAUAUAUAUCUCACCCCCACCCGCAUGAGCUCCCUGAGGUGUGAGCUGGCAGCUGUGGGCACUGACCAUCUGUGUGCGUGUUCAUGUAUUUGCGUUUGUGUAUGCCCUGCGUGCGCGUAACCAGGCAAAGAGCCUGGCAGAGAGAAAAAGAGAGAGUGGGGCAGAGAGAGACACAGACGGGGAACAAGACAGCAUGAGAGAUAUGAAUUGGCAGUGAGAUGGGCAGAAAGAGGCAUAUAGCGGGAGUUGGCAGAGAUACAACGCUAGCGUACAAGCUGGCACAGAUGUGGCCCCUUCAGAGCUGGCACCUGGUACUUUAUAUUGUGUGGAACAGAAAACGCAUAAAACUGAGUGCGGGAGAAAAGGCGAGAAAGGAAAUGUGACAUGAGACAUGUCACAAGAAAGGAAGAAAGACUGGCACAUGAAUACUAUCCAUCCUAAUCUUGAUACUCUAUAAUGCGACAUAGUCACUAAGUGAUUGUCAUCCAUGCGCUGCAGAUUGCCCUUUGUGUGCAUUUGUCCUGUAUGUGAUGUGUCCAUAUAUGUGGCCUUGUCAUUACGUCAACGUGUCCACCAUGCCACACUGAGUCAUGGCCUAUGAGAUGUGCAAAGGGAACUGUGCAAAGUAAAGCGAGACAUCCAUAUGAUCAUCGCAUAAGGCUGUCAGCGAGACUUCAAGGGAAGGAUACAAGAGACCUCCAGAGAAUGGUCCUGUAUUGCUUUAUAGAGGUCUACAGUUCUCUACAAGAACAUGUAUUCGCCAACACAGUUAUCUGGCCCAAUUGAAGUGGAACGAAAGUUUGUUCCAGGCCCCCAAUUUGAGGAUAAACUGCACAGAUUGGGAGCAAAGUUGCAGAAGGAACUGACAUUCCGAGAUUCUUAUUAUGACACCUCUGACUGUCGGCUAACACUGGGUGACGUCUGGCUGCGGCUAAGGGAAGACAGCUGGGAGCUCAAAUACCCACCACAGCGGGGAACCAGAGGCCUGAAUGGAGCCUCUACACAGUACCUGGAGCUGAGUUGUGAAACAGAUAUUGCCCGCAGGGUGAGUGAAGAACUCAAUAUCCCAUGCCCCUGUAGCCUGGACUUAUUGGAACUGCAGGAGUUUGCCAGCUUUGUGACAAAGAGGCGUAGAUUUGAUAUUCCACCGAGGAAUGGAUCGAAGCAUAAGGUGGUUGUCGACCUAGAUACAGCAGAUUUUGGCUUUUCUGUGGGCGAGGUUGAGGUUCUAGUGGAGACCCAAGAAGAAGUGCAGAGUGCCCUUAAGGAAGUAGAAGGGAUUUGCAAGCAGCUAGGUGUACUCAGCGAUUCUCCAGUUCCAGGGAAAAUGUCAACAUUUCUCAAGAUUAAUCGAGCAGAUCAUUACAAGCAGCUUCUGGAAGCACAUGUUCUAUAAAGUGCCGUACAUAAACCAUAGCAACCUGGAAAAAUGCACCACCCCAGGAUACAAUUGCCAUGUCUUUUGUUAGUUGCAGUCCCAUAUAUAUGCAUCAAGCAACCACAAUAUAAUUAAGUAUUUUAAGUCUCCUUUGUUUUUCUUUGAUACCUUUUAAUGUUAACUAUAUGAAUAUUAAGUAAGCAGCCUUUCAGAACUUUGAGGUCCCUUCUUAAGGCUGAUUUUGCUUAAUGAUAGCCUGCUUUAAUUUUAGCAUAUGUCCUCUACCACUGUUCUGUAUCAAACCGAUUCCCACACUAUCAUGUGACAACAAUUACCAUCCUCCAAUACACUGAAUCAUCCAAUUUAUCCAUGACACAUAAUAUUUACCGGGGCGAGCCUCUGCCUAGUCACAUGAUUGCAUUUUCCAUGUUUUCAUUUAAAUUCCACCCUUAUUUUUCUAUCCUGAAGAAUUUAAGUCUAGAUAUUGUA